AUGGAAUGCAGUGAUAAAAUCUAUACAUUAUAUAAAUCAGUUUUUAAUAAUAUAUUUUUAUUAAAAAAAAUAUUUAAAAUCGUUAGAGGUAUAAAUCGACAAAUUACCAAUAGUAAUAUUAAAAAUAAGAGUUAUACACAAAGAUUAAGAUUUGAUGAAGCAACAUUUUGUUGGAUGAUAAAAAAUAAUUUUUUUGAACUAUUAUAUGAUAAAGUUAAAAUUGGUAUAGAAUUUGAAGAGAAUGAAAUUGAAGAAAAUGAAUUAAAACUUUUUAUUCAACAUUUAAUAAAUAAAAAUAAUAAUAAUAAUAAUAAUAAUAAUAAUAAUAAUAAUAAUAAUAAUAAUAAUAAUAAUAAUAAUAAUAAUAUUUUAAAUAAAUUUUAUCAAAAGAAUAAAAAACAAAUAAAAGCACUUUUUUUAAAGAAUGGUGAAAAUAAAUUAUUUUCAUUCUCUAUAAGUACAAAUAAUUUAGAAUUUGUUAAAAUAAUUCAUAAAGAUAUUAUUAUUAAUCAAGAAAUAGUUGAAGAUAGUUCAAUAUUAUUAGAUUUAGCAUUCAAAUGCGGUAAUUUGGAUAUUAUAAAAUAUAUUAAUAAUGAAAUUGUUAAAAAUAAAAAAAAUUAUUUAAAUAAAAAAAAUUUACAACAAGAGUUACUAUUAAUUUCAAAUGUAUUAGAAUUACCAAAUAGAAAUGAAGUAUUAAGUUAUUUAUUAGAUGAAUUAAAAUUAUCACCAAAAUCAAAAAAACUUAAUGAUAAUAAUAAUUAUAAAUUAAUACUUUUAGAGUUUAAUCUAUUUAAAAGGUUAUAUAAUAUGGGUUGGGUUGAAUCUUUAUUAGAUAGAUUUAAACAAAAUUCAGUAACAAAUAAAUUUAGUUCAAUAACUGUCAAUUGUUCUCAGUUUAUAACCUAUAAUCACCAUAAUAAUCAAUUAAUAACAUUUAAUACCUUUUUAAAUCAUUUACAAAAUGGAUUAUACCUUUUAUCACAAAUCCAAAAAUCAGAUUCACUUUACUAUUCUGAAACUUUAAAUAAAAUAAAUAAUCUUAUUAAUAAUAAUUUAAAUAAUAAUAAUAAUUUUAUAUUUGAAAGAGAAAUAAAAAGAAUAUUUUUAUUUGAAUUUUUAAAAAAAGUUAAAGAUAUGGUAUUAUUAACAAAUGAAGAUUGGGUAAAAUUAAUUUUAAAUUUUAUUUGUCAAUAUGGUGAUUAUAAUUAUUUAUUUGAAGAAAUAAACAGUCAAUGGAUAAAUAAUGAUGUAACUAGUUCAAUGAUUAUUGAUGUAUCAAUGAAAUAUGCAGAUUCCCAAAUAAUUGAUAGAAUAAAGGAUUUAUUUAAAGAGGGUUAUCAUUUUGAUCAUAGUAGAGGAUUAGCUAUAUCUCAUUUAAUAAAAUUACCACAAGAUCUAUUUUUCAACCCAAAAACCACUCCAAUAUCAAAGCAAUUAAAUUUUUUAGAUGUUUUAUUUAAGUAUAAUACAAAUAUUAAAGAAACAAUUUUUAAACAUAUAAUAAACAAUAAUACACAAGAUAAACUAAAGACAAAUGGUGAUGGAGACGGUGGUGAUAGUGAUAGUGGUGACGAUAAUGAAAAUUUCAAAAAAAUUGCAUUAAUAAUAAAAUCUUAUUAUUUUUCAAAUAUUUCAACAAAACCAGAAUAUUUAAAUGGUAAUUUAUUAGUUGGUAAUGAAAAUAUUUUUAAAUAUUUUUAUGAAAAUAAUAGAGAUCUUUUUAUAUGGGAUCAUGAAUCAAUUAGUAAAUUAAUUAUAAAAUCAAAUAAUUUAAAUUUUAUAGAAUAUAUUCACGAUAAUAAUAUUGGAGGAAUUAAUAAACAAACAUCAAUUAAUCAUAGUGAAACUAUUCAAGUUGCAAAGUUUAUGUAUGAAAAACUUGGUUAUAGAUUUAGUGGUUCAUUAAAUAAUAUCUCUGAAUUAAAUGAAUGGGAAUCUGGUUAUUUAUUUUAUUAUUCCAUUCAAAAAUUAAUUGAAUAUAAUAAUUCUUUAGAAGAAUCAAAACCAAAAAUUGAAAUUUCAAUUGGUUUGGAUAUUUAUAGGAAUUUUAAACAACGUAAAUUUAUUUAUAAUCUAUAUAGAAAUGGUUUAAUAACAAAUAACACUUUGGUAGGAUUUCAAUCUGAAAUAAAAUUAAUUAGUCUUUUCAAUCCAAUUAAUGAUAUCAAUCAUGUAAUUAGUACAGGUAAUUGUAAAUAUAUUAAAGAUUUUAUUAAAAGUCAACCAACACAUUCAUUAGGAUAUUUACACAACAAAACAACUUUUUCAAAUUUACAAUUAAAAAAUAAAAGAAAUAAAUCAAUAACUUUUAUUAAUAAUGAAAUAAUUAAAUUUUUUAAUAGUUAA